AUAAUGAGCCAUUGGAAAGAUAAGAAGAGUGUUUCUUUACAACUUGUUCCUGGUUUUCAGACUGUAAGACUAUUAAGUGAAGGAACAUAUUCUUCUGUGUUGCUAUUAAAAAAGAUAGAUACUGGUCAACUUUAUGUACUCAAAUUGGUUCCCGAAUUCUUGAGUAUUGACUCGAACCAAGAGAAUCAUGUCGAGUUUGAAAAGAAAGUUCUAGCGACUUGUAAUCCACACCCUUUUCUCGUUGAGAGUUUUAGUGAGUGGUCACCUAAAAUAGGAUCUUCACUCGUUCUGGAAUACUUAUCUGGUGGUAACUUGUUUGCACUAUUGAAGCAACAGCGUAGACUUUUGAUGGAAAAAGAAAUAUUAUUCUAUGCUGCCGAGAUUUCUCUAGCUUUAGGACGUCUUCAUCAAUUUGGUUAUGUUUGUAGAGACUUGAAGUUGGAAACUAUCCUAUUAGACGCUCGUGGUCACAUACACUUGACCAAUUUUGGAGUUUCUGGACGAUUGAGAGGCUUGAAAGCUGUUCUUCCUUCCAAUCCGGAAACAUAUCGAAGAUUAAUCUUCAUAGCUGGAAACAAUAGUGAUGACCAAACCCGAGGAAAUAUUAAGGACUUGAUAUUUUAUGUUGCUCCAGAGACUUUGAAUGGUAAGGGACAUACCUCAUCAAGUGACUGGUGGGCACUUGGUAUAUUGUUAUAUUGUACUUGUCUUGGCAGAACACCAUAUGAAUAUCUCAUAGUAGAAAAUGAGUUUUGGGGAAAUUGUGAAGCUACACUUCGGCAUGCUAUUUUAAAUUUUCAAGUUGACAUGAAAGACUUUCCAAGUUGUUAUAGCAAGGAACUUGUGGAUUUUAUUUGUCGUCUUCUCAAUCCUAAUCAUUUGGAACGAUUAGGAAGUGGUACAGAUGAUGCUGAAGAAUUAUGGCGGCAUCCAUUUCUUUCCAGAGCUAUGAAAGAACCCUUUCUUUUAAAGCAAGUGAAGCCUCCAUUUACUCUCGAACCAUCGGAUUCGUCUGUUCAUCGAAGUUCAGUUCUUCAAAGGUCAUCCAACACAUCUAAUCCUUCACAAAGAUUGUCAUUGCCAGAAAUGUUUUCUAGAUUAUCUUCUAGUCCACGAGUUUCAUUAGUUGAAGAAGACGCUAUUCGAGGCCAGAAAAGAGCAAGUAAGGAAAUCAAACGUAUUCUAUCAGAAGAUGGAUUGAAACACAAGUCCAUGCUCUCUUCUUUGAGUGGCUUUGGUAAAGCAUUGAAACAAACAUUUCAUACAAACAAGAGUCGUUCAAAUAGCAUUGUAUCUAGAACUCGCUCCAAUUCAUCUCUUGUACCUAGUCCAAAUGUGUCGCUUGAUCGAAAGGAGCCUAUUGUAUUUGAUGCUAUUCAUUCCUCAUCACCUUUUCAUAGAGAAACAAAAGACGAACGAGGUCAUUUCAUCUUUCCACCAGGAAUUGGUUUUCUCAUACAAACAACUUGGAAGAACUACUUGUACUCGUUUAGAAAUGCUUAUAUUGGAAGGCGCUGUACAAAGGCUUUUUGUUCGAAGCAAAACGUUGCCUUGUUGAAAAGCAUAAAAGUUGCUAUGGGAGUGUUGACACAACCUGAAAACCAGAAAGUUCCUCUUCAAGGGGCGAAAAGGAAAUUAGCAGUACGCGUACGUCAAAUAGUGGUGGAGACGGAGCAGAUGGCAGACUAUUGUUUGAACGAGAUAAAGAAAGGAGCCUCAAUGGUGGAGUUGGCAAGACUCAUAUCAAAAGACCCAUAUUCAAGAGAUAAAGGAGGCGACCUGGGUUGGAUUUCCUCACUUAAUGAGGAAAACCAAAGUAUUUUAUCUGCAGUGAAAGAUAGUAGGGUUUUAGAGCAAUUUUUUGUACAACCGCCGUUAACGGUUCAUAAACUGCAUACGGCAGCUGGCUGGCUCGUUUAUCGAGUCGAAGAUAUACAGUACAAUUUGGAAGCAUCCUUUUGGCGUGAAAAGACUGUGAAAACUAGCGAGGUAUCAACUGUAGCGAGAACAUAUUAUAUUGAGACUUUAGGCUGUCAGAUGAAUAAAGCAGACUCUGAAAGAAUGGAAAGUGAGUUGAGAGGUUUAGGGUUGCACUAUGAUCCUGUGAAUGCGGAUGUAUACUUGAUUAACACUUGCUCUAUUCGUGAGCACGCAGAGCAGAAACUAUAUUCUCAUCUGGGUUCGUUUAUCAAAAGAAAGAGGUCCAAUCCUAGAAUGACCAUUAUUGUAGCCGGUUGUGUUGCUCAACAAGAAGGAGAAAAUCUUAUUCGUAGAAUGCCUGAAGUUGACUUAGUUGUUGGUCCCCAGUAUGCAAACCGACUGGGAGAUUUAUUGGUCAGUGUAUGGAAUGGAUAUCAGUUGGUGGCUACAGAGCCUACACAUAUAAUGGAGGACUUGUUUCAACCUCAUAGGGAGAGUUCUGUGACUGCUUGGGUUAAUAUUAUUUAUGGUUGUAAUGAAAAUUGUACUUAUUGCGUUGUUCCUUUUGUUCGUGGAAGAGAACAAAGUCGUUCAAAGGAAGCUAUAAAGGAAGAAAUUCGUCAUCUUGCAUCAUUGGGUUAUAAGGAAGUUGUUCUCUUAGGCCAAAACAUUGAUGCUUACGGAAGAGACUGGCGUCCUCGAGAUAAUUUCACCAACUUGUUAUAUUAUAUUCACGAUGUGGAAGGUAUAGAACGAAUCCGAUUUACUACAUCACAUCCUCGUUAUUUCACGGAAAGGCUUAUUAAGGCCUGUGCGGAAUUGGAAAAAGUGUGUGAGAACUUUCAUAUACCAUUUCAAAGUGGAAACAAUCAAGUUUUAAGAAAUAUGGCUCGUGGUUAUACAGCGGAAAGAUAUUUGCAAAUAGUGGAGAAGAUUCGAAAGUAUAUACCAGAUGCUAGUAUUACAGCAGAUGCUAUAGUAGGAUUUCCAGGGGAGCCGUUAGAGGAGCAGUUUGCAGUAUUUACUGCUGCUUAUUCUCCUCGACCGAAUACAACUGCAGCGAAGAGAGAGGAUCAAAUAGAACAUUCCAUCAAGUUGGAUCGUCUACAACGUAUCAAUCGUAGAAAUGAACUCGAUGCGUAUUCCCGCAGUCAAAGAUAUCUUGGUCGAAUAGAAGAGGUAUUGGUUGAAAGUGAAAAGUUUCCAGGUCAAGUAACUGGAAGAACUCGUACGAACAAGGUUGUGUAUUUUCAAGGAGAUAUCAAAAGUCAAAAGGGAAAACUGGUGCAAGUACGCAUUACGGAAGCUCGAGCAUUUUGUUUGUUGGGGAAAACAAUUUGAUUGGAGAAUAAUAAAGACUUUAUUUGCUAUGCCUGUUGCUUCCACCUUGGCUGCGACUGAUCCUAUUUUAAGUAAAAU